UGUUGGGAUCUGUGGAGGGAAGGAACUGUGGUUGUCUUCUUGGAACUGUACCUAUGGAACACAUGAAAUUUGUUCUCCUUAUUUUAAUUAAAAUUUAAAUAACCAAAUAUAUAAAUUUUUUUAAUUGUAAAAGAAAGAAAAGGAAAUACUGAGCCUUAGGAAGUUACAAAAACUUUCCUUAGAUCAUAAGUUAUUAUUGUGUGGAAUGUACUACUAAAGAAAGCAAUAAAAUCCUUAUAUCUAUGAACACACUCACACACACACACACAUAAAGAAAAAUCACUUAACAAUAUUUUGAUUUUUAAAUUGUUGAGACUUGUUUUGUGGCCCAAUAUAUGAUAUAUCUUGGAUAAUGCUCUGUGUGCUGUUGGGAAUUAUGUGUAUUCUGUACUGUUGUGUAGAAUGUUCUGUACAUGUUUGUUAGGUCCAUUUGGUCUAGGGCACAGUUUGAAUUGGAAUAUUUUUCUUGGCUUUCUGUCUACAUGAUCUGUCCAUUGCUGAAAGUGAAGUGUUGAAGUCCCCUACUGUAAUUAUACGGCAGUCUAUCUUUCCCUUUGAGUUUACUAGUAUUUGCUCUCUAUAUGAAUAUAUUUAGAGGCUUGAUGUUGGGUGUAUAUAUAUAUUUAUCAUAUCCUCUUGGUGAGUUGACCCCUUUAUCAUUAUAUAAUGUACUUCUUUGCAUCAGUUUUAAAGUUAAUAUGUAUUUUGUCUGGUAUAAAUGUAGCAAUUCCUGAUUUAUUUUCGUUUCAAUUUACAUAUAAUUUUUUUCUUAUCUUUUCACCUCCAUUUUUACAAUGUCCUCAUAAGUAGAGUUUUGUGUUAUAAGUAGUUGGGUCUUUUAGAAAAAAAUCCAUUCAUCCACUCUAUGACUUUUAAUAGGGAAAUUCAAUGCAUUUACAUUCAAGGUGAUGAAUAAUAAAUGCUAUGGUUUGGAUGUGAAGUUAGCUCUCAAGAGUUCAUGGUUUGGAGCCUUGUUUCUCAAUGUGACUGUGUUGAGAUGUUGGGACCUAUAUUUGUGAGGUCUAGUGGGAGGUUCUUAGGUCACUGAAGGUACUACACUUGGAAGGCCUUAGGGUAGUUCUUGUGGAAUCCCAAGUUAGUUCUCAUGAGUGCAAGUGAUUACAAGAGCAAAAUCAGCUCCUCAAUAUCUAUCUAGCUUCUUCUCUUGAGAGCUGAUGUAUCCCUUUCACACAUAGUCCCACCAUUGUGGUGUCAUCUGCCAUGAUCUGGUGACUUGAGGGGGAGCCUCACUAGAGCUGGCACUAUGCUGUCUGGACUUUGUCUUCAGAAUUAAAGCACUGCAACUCUGAUGGCCCACCUCUGCCAGGACACAUUUCUGUAGAAGUCAGCCCUGCACCGUGUGCAGCUCAGAGGGAGGAGCUGGACCAGCAGUGGCUCACACUCUGACCUCUUCUGCUCGACAGAUGGUUCCGUCAUGAUGGUGGUGGAGGCUGGAGCAUUCAUAAGAGUCCCUUUCCUGCUCUUCUGGCUUGGGGUACCUCUGUCCUCUUUUAGCUUCUUCCAGGCUGGGCCCUCCCAACGCCUCAGCUCCCCAGAAGUAGUGAUCCCCUUGAAGGUGACCAGCAGGGGUAGAGGUGCAAAGGCUCCAGGAUGGCUCUCCUACCGCCUGCGGAUUGGGGGCCAGAGGCACAUUGUCCACAUGAGGGUCAAGAGGCUGUUGGUUUCCACACACCUCCCUGUGUUCACCUACACAGAGCAGCAUGGCCUCCAGGAGGAUCAUCCCUUUGUCCCUGAUGACUGUUACUAUCAUGGUUACGUGGAGGGGGCCCCCGAGUCUCUGGUUGCCCUCAGCAUCUGUUCUGGAGGUUUUCGAGGAAUACUGCGGGUGAAUGACCUCACUUAUGAAAUUGAACCUAUUGUGUACUCCACCACAUUUGAACACCUGGUGUAUCAGGUAGGCAGUGAUGAGACACAAUCCCAAUACAUGAAAUGUGGGUUGACAGAGGAGGACACAGCAUACCAACGCUUGGAAUUUGAAAAGGCUAAAAACUCACCUCUGAAACAAAAUUCUGCUGGCAACUGGUGGACUCACACAUUGUUUCUGGAGCUAUUUGUGGUGGCAGAUCAUGAUUUCUUCACCUACUCCCAAAGCAACAUCUCCAAGGUGCAAGAGGAUAUACUUCUUGUUGUCAAUGUAGUGGAUUUCAUGUAUCAAAAAUUGAAUACUUGUGUGAUAUUGAUUGGAAUUGAAGUUUGGAAUCAAAGAAAUGCCUUCCCAAUGAGAAACAUAAACCAAAUUCUAGAAGAUUUCUCUCAGUGGAAACAAAUCAGACUUUCCAAGACACAGCAUGAUGCUGCACAUAUUUUCAUAAAAAAUUCACUUAUAAGUGUACUUGGUCUAGCCUAUGUUGCAGGAAUAUGUCGUCCUCCUCUUGAUUGUGGAGUCUGUAAUUUUCAAGGCGACACCUUGUCUUAUUUUGCGAACACUGUGGCCCAUGAGCUAGGGCAUAUUUUGGGUAUGCGGCAUGAUGAGAAAUUCUGUUUUUGUGGGGAAAGUGGUUGUGUCAUGAGUACUUUCAAAGUGCCAGCAGAUAGAUUCACGAAUUGCAGUUACACUGAUUUUAUGAAUACCACUUCACAACAGGGAUCUUGUCUACACGGUAUUCCAAGACUAGAGAAAGUCUUUAUACUAAAGCGUUGUGGGAAUGGCAUGGUUGAAGGAGAAGAGGAUUGUGAUUGUGGAUCCUUACAACAGUGUGAACAAGAUCCCUGUUGUCUGUUGAACUGUACCCUGAGGCCUGGGGCUGCUUGUGCUUUUGGGCUUUGUUGUAAAGACUGCAAGUUCAUGCCAUCAGGGAAAGUGUGUAGGCAACAGGUCAAUGAAUGUGAUCUUCCAGAGUGGUGCAAUGGUAUGUCACAUCAGUGCCCAGAAGAUACAUAUGUGCAAAAUGGUAUCCCUUGUGGUAAGAGCGCUUACUGCUAUGAAAAGAGAUGCAAUAACCAUGACCAACAAUGCAGGGAGAUUUUUGGUAAAGGUGCAAAGAGUGCCUCUCAGAAUUGCUAUAAAGAAAUCAACACCCAAGGAAACCGUUUUGGACACUGUGGUACAAAUGGCACAGCAUACCUAAAAUGUAAUACUUCUGACAUCUUUUGUGGGAGAGUUCAUUGUGAAAAUGUGGACGACAUCCCUCAUCUGCAAGAUACUUCUGCUCUGCAGCUCACUCACAUCAAUGGUGUCACCUGCUGGAGUAUCCAGCAUCGUUUUGAACUGGGCAAACCUGACAUUGGUGAAGUGAAAGAUGGCACUGUCUGUGGAACUGGCAAGAUAUGCAUCCACAGGAAAUGCGUCAAUCUGUCUGUCUUGUCACAGAUCUGCCUUCCUGAGGCCUGCGAUAAGAAGGGGAUCUGCAAUAACAAACAUCACUGCCACUGUGGCCGUGGGUGGUCUCCUCCCAACUGCCUGCACAGAGGCUAUGGAGGUAGUGUUGACAGUGGUCCAGCAGCCUCAGAAAGAAGAGCUUUCCUGCCACUAUUAGUGAUUAUUUCUCUGUCUGUUUCCGUUGUUUUUCUGGCUGCUGGACUUUUUCUGUAUUUUCAGAAACCUUUUUGACUCAAGAUGGCUUGCUCAUCAGGCUGAGAAAAUGUCUCUAAUUUAAGAUUCCACACAUGAUUUUUAGUCUCUUGGUAGUAGAAAUGUUAUCACAUACACAAAACUGAGUAUAUUUCAACGAUUUUACAGAGAGAUGCAGGGUUCUUUUCUUCUGUCGGUGUCAGCAAGUACAGAUAAUUCCUAGCAUGUCUGUGCCUAUUGUUCAUUGUUUUAAGCAACAAAUAAAACUCUAUAAAUUAAGGCACAAAAUUUUGUCCUUUUGAUGUUUUUUUUUAAACUAAGUUGUUUUAAAUUUAUUUGAAAUGAGGAGACAUGCACACACAAACACACACACACAGAGCGACAGAAACACACCAAGAGCCCACAACCCCAACUGGGUCACCCACAUGAAUAAGAGGACCCAAUCAUUUGAGCCAUUAUCUACUGCUUCCGAGGGUGUGCAUUAGCUGAAGGGGAGCUGUGACUCCAACCAAGACAUUCUGAUAUGGGAUGCAAGUAUCCCAAGAGACAUUUUAACUGAAGCAUCAAAUGCCCACCCUGUUUUUGUGUUUCUUGAGUGUAUGAUUCACAGAAAAUCAGUAGACAGACAUCAUAGUGUCCAGGGAUAAGUCUUAUGUUUCUACUGCCAUUUAAUACUUUAGGAAAAUUAAGUAAAAUGUUUUGACAUUUUGCUUCAAAAUCUGGAAAGGGUUAUGAUAAUAAUGAUGACCCUACCCAACUCUUGUCAACAGAGAAUGAAAUGAAUUAUUGUUAACUGUAAGCCAGUUGCAGCCUCAGAAUCAGCCCUUAAGGCAUUCAGAUCUGGCUAAAAAGCCCAUGAGAGUUUCGCAGGCAUGGAAAGCCAAGACAGUCUGGCAAAAAAAAAAAAUGACCUAAAUGAAAGAUCUCUGUGAGUGAGAUCCCAACGGAAAGAAUGGGCCAUCAAAGAAGCAGAUACCUGUCCCUGAAGAGAGGAGAGAACUUCCACUUUGACUAUGGCCUUGUCUAAAUAAGAUUGGAGUUGGCAAACUCAAAAGGUUUCCAUAGCCUUGGCAGCUCAUGACAAGAGCCUUGGGUGAUUACUGAUGUCAUAAAUAAGAGUGUCAAUUGUUAAAUCAACAACAGGAGUCACUGUGCACUUACUCCCCAUGUAGGAUCUCUGUCCUUAAUGUGGUGUACUAUGCGAAUUAACGCUAAAACUACUACUGAAACAGUACUGUAUACUUUGUGUAUCUGUGUGGGUGCAGUCUGUUGAAAUAUUUACUUAGUAUAUACUAAGUUGAUCUUCUGUAUAUACAGAUAAUUGAAAAUGAAUCUUGAUGUGAAUGGGAUGGGAGAGGGAGUGGGAGAUGGGAUGGUUGUGGGUGGGAGGAGGCUAUGGGGGGGGAGCCGCUAUAAUUCAAAAGUUGUACUUUGGAAAUUUAUAUUCAAUAAAAUUUAAAUUAAAUAAAAGUUGAAAAAAAAUUAUAAGCCAGUUGCUUCUUGUUUGAUAAAAAUAAAACUCCUGACCUUGUUUCCCUAUGUGCUUCCUAGCCAAGUCUAUUUUCUUUCUUUUUAAAGAUUUACUUAUUUAUUUGAAAAGCAGAGUUACAGAGAGGCAGAGGCAAAGACAGAGAGAGAGAGAAAUCUUCCAACCCCUGGUUCACUCCCCAAAUGGCUGCAAUGGCCAGAGCUGGGCCAAUCCAAGCCAGGAGCCAGGAGCUUCUUCCGGAUCCCCCACAUGGGUGCAGGACCCAAGGACUUGGGCCACCUCCACUGCUCUCCCAGGCCAUGGCAGAGAGCUGGAUCAGAAAUGGAGCAGCUGGGACUCAAACUGGCAUCCAUAUGGGAUUCCAGCAUUAUAGGCGGCUUCACCCGCUAUACCUCAGCAAUGGGCCUGCCCCAGUUUAUUUUCUAACUUUUGCCUUCACCUGGUAGUUUGAAGAUCCUUUUGGAGUAUUUGCUUUGAUUACCUAAAUAUGCACUCUGUGAGGGAAAGAUACUGUUGUAUCCUCAAUACUUGCAGUGGUGUUUAAUAUGUAGACAAAAAAUAUUGGAAUGAAAUUGAAUGGAGUACUAAAUUAGGAAAAAUACAAAUAAUACUUUCCCAUUUUGGGGACAUCAUUAAAACUCUUUGAGUUCUUAAAAUGUAUCUCUGAAUAUCUAAAAUGUUUAUCUAAAAUUCUACUGUUCAUACCUGGUACACUUUGCUGAUAUUUUUGUUCCCAAUUUGUUUUUUCCUCUGUCUAGUCUCAGUGUUCGUGGAAACCCCAUCUCUUGAAAACACAGAUCUAUUCAGGUUCUCUUUGAAUUAUUCAGAUUACUUUGGAAUGCAAUUCUGUUAACUGAUUCAAAUGACUUUUUAAAAUAAAAUUAUUUGAGAGAGACAGGGGGAGAGAGCGCGAGAGAGAGACAGUGAGCAAGAGAACUCUCAUCUGCUGGUGGAAGGGACCUUAAGCUAUAAUCAUCUGCUGCCUCCAGCAUGCACAGUAGCAGAAAACUGGAAUUUGGAAUAUAGGCAUGACUCAAACCCAGGUACUUGGAUAUGGCAUGCAGGUUUCCCAAGCAAUGUUUUAACUGCUAAGCCAAACACUUGCCCCUCAAGUGACACUUUUUAUAUCAUUUUCCAUUAUGCUUUGCCAACUUGCAUCCUUUAGCUACUGGAUUAUGUACAUGCCAUUGCAUCUUUGGAAAGAAAAAGGGUCUGGAGGUGCUGCAGCAUUAUCAGUUGGGAAAAACUGCAUGGGAAAGGAAGCUCUGUGCAUCAUUUCUUCAUUCCUGUAGCUAUGUGACUUGAUCUUAACACAGUUCCUGGGUGUUUAAAGCAGACAAAUCCAGAAGACUUUGGCUCUCCUUCUCUGUCUUUGCAUAGAGUCACUUCAACUAGUGGUGCAGCAUAUAAGAAACUGAAGUAACAGCUUGUAAGGAAUCUCUGCCAGCACACUGGCCCAUACAAUGCCCACAGAUACCAUCUUAUCUGCCUCCUCCUGAGCAGGGCACAUCCCUCAAGCCUGGGCCCUAGGGUGGAGGAGGCUCCAAGACCUCAGUAA